AUGGGUGAAUCUUUAAGCGUCUCAACUCUCCCAGUCACUCACUCUGUUCAUCUCAACUCCGAACAGCCACCAGACGAGUCACGCCGCCCUACAAACCUGCUUACCGGACCACUGACUUGGAACUUUGAAUGCUUGGUGCUUUCUGACUUGCCUCUCGGAAUCCGUCCACAUCAUCCUCCCCCUUAUCGUCAUUCCAUCUGCGCAACAUCGCGUGUCGUGGUUUACUCCGGCUCCUUCGACCGCCCACUUUCCCGCCACCCCACGGCCUAG